AAGUUGAAAACAUGAGGCACUCGGGCUUUCUGCUGAUCAUUUUGUAUCUUUUUCACCAAGGGAUACCCUCACUCGCCAGAGGAUACCAGGAACAACAUUUGGCGCAGGAUGCUAGCAUCGCGGAGCAGUGCAAUGGCUAUUGUUUCUCAGUUCUCCAGCCCUUCCUCGAUAAUUUCAUCCAGUUGAAAAUGACAGGUGAUGCCAAUAAUGAAAUGAAAGACGAAAUUCAAUCAUUGAAGGCCACCGUCAACAAUUUGCAGAGCCAGUUACUAAAUAGUGUCGAGCAAAUGACGGGCCUCAAAGAGCAGGUGAAGGAGAUUUCUGCAGUGAAAGUUCAUCAAAAGGCGGAAAGUGUUCACGAAACAUGUCCCAAUGGUCCCUCAAGUGGCAUUUUCCAGAUAAAGAUUGAGGCAAUAAAGGAGCCGUUCCAAGUUCCCUGCGUGCCGUCUUCGUCUGGCUGGAUGGUCAUUCAAAGGCGCAUCGACGGCAGUACUGACUUUAAUCGCACCUGGAACGACUACAAGCUAGGCUUCGGAAACCUCCGGGAUAACUUUUUCCUGGGACUCGAAAAAAUCCAUCUAAUGACUAAAAACCAACCCCACGAGCUGUUCAUCCAACUUCAAGAUAUUAAAGGAACGACCAGCUUUGCUCAUUACAAGGAUUUUAAAAUAGGGAGCGAAAAGGAAGCCUACAAGCUGAAAUCAGUGGGAAAAUAUUCUGGAACAGCCGGAGAUUCACUAACUGAACAUCACUUGAAUAUGAAGUUUUCCACAUUGGAUCGGGAUAAUGACAUUGAUGAGAAUCGAUAUUGUGCUGAUGAUCUGGGAGGUGGUUGGUGGUUUCGCGAUUGCGCACACAGUUCCCUCAACGGAAAAUAUUAUGCAGAUGGUAAAAGUGCACCAAGUAAACAUGACGGAAUUCUUUGGGGUAGUUGGCAGCACUAUGACUACACUAACUCGCUUACACGUACCCAAAUGAUGAUAAGGCCUACAUCCUAUUGUAGUUAAAUCAAUGUUGAAACACAAUUUUAGCCAGUGUUUAAAAAAUCCCUUCUUAAAAUAGCCUAAGUCGCAGUCGAAACGUUAGCAAAAACGAAAACUGUCGACUGCUUUCUGCAAAUUUUGAUCCUGAAUUUUUUUAUUAAUAAAAUUAAAUUGGAGAUAU